CUCUUCUCUCUCUGUGUGUGUGUGUGUUGGCCCGUGUUGGACUUGAAGGGGCUCUACGUGACUCUGUGAGACUGUGAGAGUGGGCAGCACUUCUGAACGGAGACGCAGCGGUGAGGACAGUUCAGAGACUCAGAGAGGAGAGGAGAGGAGACGGAGACGGAGACGGAGUCGGGCGUCCAUCCGUCAAACUAGCUGGAGGAACACACUAACACACCCUUAUGGCUGCUUGAGACACAACCAUACACCCCCCCCUCCCCCUUUUUCUCUUUCUCUGGAACUUUUUGGCUUUUAGUAUUGUCCUGACCAGAAGCUGUUGCAAGUCUAAGUAGUUGCUCCAAGUGCAAAAGUGAAUCCACUCUCCGUGGACGUCUGUGGCGGUCAUGGAUACCCAUAUAAGAUGGAAAGUUAAACGGAGGAUAAGGGACGCCCAAAUCACUCUGGCGGUGAUUCUGCUUUUUGUCACAUCGCAAGCAAGUUCAGUGGAACCAGCAGACCUCUUGAAGAUUUUAGAUUUUCACAGUUUACCUGAGGGUGUUAAAAAAUCGACGGGUUUCUGCUCACAUCGGCGGUCAACACAAGAACCCGAUGUGGCUUACAGAGUAUCCAAAGACGCCCAGCUCAGCGCCCCCACCAAACAGCUGUAUCCAGGUGAUGUGUUCCCGGAGGACUUUUCCAUCUUGGCCACAGUGAAGCCCAAGAAGGGCAGCCAGUCCUUCCUGUUGUCUGUGUACAACGAGCAGGGCAUCCAGCAGCUCGGACUGGAAGUGGGCCGCUCUCCAGUGUUCCUGUACGAGGACCACACAGGCAAACCCAGCCCCGAGGACUACCCCCUCUUCAGAGGAGUCAACCUAGCUGACGGAAAGUGGCAUCGAGUAGCCAUCAGUGUGCACAAGCAGACCAUCACCCUCAUUCUGGACUGUAAAAAGAAGGCCACCCAGAAGCUGCUCCGAAGCCCCCACCCCAUCAUCGAUACCAAGGGAAUUGUAGUAUUUGGAACUAGAAUACUUGAUGAAGAAGUCUUUGAGGGAGACAUCCAGCAGCUAAUGAUUGUAGCAGACCAUCGUGCUGCCUAUGACUACUGUGAGCACUACAGCCCCGAUUGUGAAGUGGCUGUGCCCGACCAGCCUCAGAACCAGGACCCCAACGCCGAAGAAUAUAACACAGAGGAGGACAGCUACUAUUACGAAUACCCUUACUAUGAGGACGUGGAUGGCAAGCCUUUUGAUUCAGCAACUGGUACUGAGACGACCGCAAAAGAAGUCAAGGUGACAGAUGGAGACAGCGUGGUGACCACAGUGGAGGAGGUUUUGAGGGGCUCUGGUGCCACCGGCGGCAAAGUGUUGACCUCCAUCUCCACCGGCUCGUCCUCUAGCCCAUCCUCCGGCACUUCCUCCAGCUCAUCCAGCAGCUCUUCAUCGAGCUCGUCAGGUACCGCCACCGGCGGAGGAGACGCCUACGGAGAGGAGACCAGCCCUUACGACAGCUACGACAGCUACGGUAACUACGAGACCUACUACGACGAGUCCACGGCGUCGCCCGACGGGGACACCUCGCGACGUGUCACCAUCACCAGCACCGGCACCGGGGGUGAACUGGAUCUGGGAGCAGGGGGAAAGAUUGACCAGGGCACAGGGAUCGGAAUCGAAAGGAGGGUCAUCACCAGUGGAGGAGGAGGAGGAGGAGGAGGAGGAUCUGCAAUAACCAUCUCCAGCAAUAAGACAUCAGCCGGAGGUUCCUACGAUGAGUACGUCGACGGAUAUGAUUAUGACGAGGACGGCCAUUACACCACUGGUGGAGGCGGUGGCGGCAGCAGCACAGUUCAUGUCAGUGGUGGAGGAGGCGGCGGCGGCAGUACAAUCGAACUUGGAGUUGGAGGAGGCAGCAGCAGUACAAUCGACCUUGGAGGUGGAGGAGGCAGCAGCAGUACAAUCGUCCUUGGAGGUGGAGGUAGCAGCAGCAGCAGCAGUACAAUCGACCUUGGAGGUGGAGGUAGCAGCAGCAGUUCUACCAUCAACAUCGGGGGCGGGUCUGCUGGAGGUGGUUCCGUGUCCGUAGGAGGUGGCUCCGCCUCUGUGGGAGGAUCUUCGACCACUGGAGGGGGAUCAGCCAGCGCCGGCACCGGAGCAGGGGGAUCCAUCGCCACCGGAACGGGCCUGGGCGUGGAAGGCGAGGGUGACUACACAGACCUGGAGGAUGGCUUCAAGGAAGAGUCCCUCACCAACUACGACGAUUUAGACGUCUACGGCACCUAUGACGACCUGGAUUAUAACGGCGGUGGACAAGGGGACAAAAAGCUGCCUGCUGAGACCGAUCAGUAUACUCAGUUCGACGGAGCCCGUGGCGAGAAGGGACAGAAGGGAGAGCCUGCUGUCAUCGAGCCUGGAAUGUUAGUGGAGGGUCCGCCUGGGCCUGAAGGGCCAACAGGUCUCCCCGGACCCCCAGGUUCCUCUGGCUCACCAGGCGGUGUUGGAGAUUCUGGAGAGAGGGGUCCUCCGGGUCGUGCUGGUCUUCCUGGUGCUGAUGGUCUGCCAGGACCCCCUGGAACUGUCCUGAUGCUGCCUUUCAGAUUCAGCUCCGGAGGUGACUCUGGACAGAAGGGACCUGCUGUGUCAGCACAGGAGAGCCAGAUGCAAGCCAUCAUGCAGCAGGCUAGGCUGGCUAUGCGCGGCCCUACAGGUCCGAUGGGUUUGACCGGCAGAUCCGGCCCUCUGGGUCCACCCGGUGUAUCAGGACUGAAGGGAGAGUCUGGAGAUUCAGGUCCUCAGGGACCACGUGGACCUUUGGGAUCCCCUGGACCCUUCGGAAAGCCUGGCAGAAGGGGUCGUUCUGGAUCUGACGGUGCCAGGGGCAUGCCGGGACAGUCUGGAACCAAGGGAGACAGAGGGUUCGAUGGUUUGGCUGGACUUCCUGGUGAAAAAGGACACAGAGGUGAAUCUGGUCCUUCUGGACCUCCCGGUGGUCCUGGAGAGGAUGGAGAAAGGGGAGACGAUGGAGAGAUCGGACCCAGGGGACUUCCUGGUGAACCAGGGCCCCGUGGUUUGCUGGGACCUAAAGGACCUCAGGGAACUUCUGGACCCCCUGGUGUUACUGGGAUGGAUGGCCACUCUGGACCCAAAGGAAACAUCGGACCUCAAGGAGAGCCAGGACCUCCUGGACAGCAAGGCAACCCAGGUACCCAGGGACUCGCAGGGCCCCAAGGAGCCAUCGGACCUCCAGGAGAGAAGGGUCCUACUGGGAAGCCAGGCUUGCCAGGAAUGCCAGGAGCUGAUGGUCCCCCGGGUCACCCUGGAAAGGAGGGGCCUAAUGGGGAGAAAGGACACUUGGGCCCCGCUGGCCCUCAAGGACCCAUCGGUUAUCCCGGACCCCGUGGCGUGAAGGGAGCGGACGGCGUACGCGGUCUUAAAGGACAUAAGGGUGAAAAGGGAGAAGACGGCUUCCCCGGCUUCAAGGGAGACAUGGGUAUCAAGGGUGACAGGGGAGAGCUCGGACCAGCGGGACCCAGAGGAGAAGAUGGCCCCGAGGGGCCAAAGGGUCGCUCAGGUCUCCCAGGAGACGCUGGUCCUCUUGGCACAAGUGGUGAGAAGGGUAAACUUGGAGUUCCCGGAUUGCCAGGAUACCCAGGAAGACAAGGACCAAAGGGAUCUCAAGGUUUCCAAGGUUUCCCUGGCGCCAACGGAGAGAAAGGAACUCGGGGAACAGCAGGAAAGCCUGGCCCACGCGGACAGAGAGGACCAACGGGGCCUCGAGGAGAGAGAGGACCGAGAGGACCGACAGGAAAAAACGGACCAAAGGGUAACUCAGGAAAUGACGGCCCACCAGGACCUCCCGGUGAGAGGGGUCUACCAGGGCCUCAGGGACCAACAGGUUUCCCAGGACCAAAGGGCCCUCCUGGACCUUCAGGGAAAGACGGACUGCCUGGACAUCCUGGACAGAGAGGAGAGACUGGAUUCCAAGGCAAGACUGGCCCUCCUGGCCCUCCAGGCGUGGUUGGACCUCAGGGACCAACAGGUGAGACUGGACCAAUGGGAGAUCGCGGUCAUCCCGGACCCCCAGGCCCACCUGGUGAGCAGGGUCUACCUGGAGCUGCAGGGAAAGAAGGAGCCAAGGGUGACUUCGGUCCUGCUGGUCCAGCAGGUAAGGAUGGCCCUCCUGGGCCAAGAGGUUUCCCCGGAGAGAGAGGUCUGCCUGGUCCCGUGGGGGCUCACGGCCUGAAAGGGAAUGAAGGACCUCAUGGCCCACCUGGCCCUGCUGGUUCUCCUGGUGAGCGCGGUGCUGCUGGUCCAGCCGGACCUACGGGUCUCCCCGGACGUCCUGGCCCCCAGGGACCUCCAGGCCCUCAUGGAGAGAAAGGUGGACCGGGAGAGAAAGGACCUCAAGGCCCAGCUGGAAGAGACGGUAUUCAGGGACCUGUGGGUCUGCCAGGACCUGGCGGACCUCCUGGGCCACCAGGAGAGGACGGAGACAAGGGAGAACUCGGAGAGUCGGGCCAGAAAGGAGGCAAGGGUGACAAAGGAGAGCAUGGUCCACCUGGUCCCACUGGCCCUCAAGGACCCGUCGGAGCACCCGGUCCUGCUGGUGCUGAUGGUGAGCCUGGUCCCAGAGGUCAGCAAGGUCUGUUUGGCCAGAAGGGAGAUGAAGGCUCAAGAGGGUUCCCCGGACCUCCUGGUCCAGUUGGGCUGCAGGGCUUGCCUGGUCCACCUGGUGAGAAAGGUGAAACUGGAGACGUUGGUCAGAUGGGCCCACCCGGCCCCCCUGGUCCCCGAGGCCCCUCAGGACCCCCGGGAGCCGAUGGCCCUCAGGGACCUCCUGGUGGCAUUGGAAACCCUGGUUCUGUUGGAGAAAAGGGAGAUGCUGGUGAAACAGGAGAGCCAGGUCUUCAGGGAGAACUUGGCCCACCAGGUCCAAGAGGAGAGCGAGGAGAAAAGGGAGAGUCCGGUCCGGCUGGUACAGCUGGACCUCCUGGCCCUAAGGGUCCCCCUGGAGAUGAUGGUCCCAAAGGCAGCCCAGGUCCGAGUGGUUUCCCCGGUGACCCUGGCCCCCCUGGAGAGAACGGUCCAGCUGGGUUAGACGGUCCCGCCGGUGACAAGGGAGAUGAUGGAGAGGCUGGUCAAGCUGGUUCUCCUGGACCCACUGGAGAGUCCGGUCCCUCCGGACCACCUGGAAAGAGAGGCCCCCAUGGAGUAGCAGGACCUGAGGGAAGACAAGGAGAGAAGGGAACCAAGGGAGAGUCUGGUUUGGAAGGUUCCCAAGGAAAGACGGGUCCUGUUGGUCCUCAAGGAUCACCUGGCAAGCCCGGUUCUGAAGGCCUCAGGGGUAUCCCUGGCCCAGUUGGAGAGCAAGGACUUCCUGGUUCUCCAGGCCCAGAUGGACCUCCCGGACCUAUGGGUCCUCCUGGUCUACCUGGUUUGAAAGGAGACUCUGGUGUCAAAGGAGAAAAGGGCCAUCCGGGUCUUAUUGGUCUCAUUGGACCCCCUGGUGAACAGGGAGAAAAGGGUGACAGAGGCCUUCCUGGUCCUCCAGGAUCACACGGUUCCAAAGGAGACAAUGGUAUUGCUGGUCCUUCAGGUCCACUUGGUCCCCUCGGUCCUCCUGGAUUACCUGGUCCUGCUGGUCCCAAAGGAGCUAAAGGGUCAUCGGGUCAAACUGGACCAAAGGGAGAGACCGGUACAUCUGGACCUCCUGGCCCUCCUGGUCCUCCCGGCGAUGUCAUCCACCCACUCCCCAUCCAGUCCUCCAUGAAGGGCAGAACUCGUAGGAGCAUUGACGCUAGCCAGAUGAUGGACGACGCGCCCGUGGACGCCAACUACAAGGACUACGACGACGGCAUGGAGGAAAUCUUUGGCUCGCUCAACUCGCUCAAGCUGGAAAUCGAGCAGAUGACACCCGCUGGCACACAGACCAACCCCGCUCGUACCUGCAAAGACCUGCAGCUCUGCCACCCCGACUUCCCAGAUGGUGAGUACUGGAUUGAUCCGAACCAGGGCUGCUCCCGGGACUCCUUCAAGGUUUACUGCAACUUCACAGCAGGUGGAGAGAGCUGCAUCUUCCCAGAUAAGAAGUCUGAAGGGGCUAGGCUCACAUCCUGGGUCAAAGAGAAUCCUGGCUCCUGGUUCAGUGAAUUCAAACGUGGUAAACUGCUGUCCUACGUGGAUGAGGGUAACCCCAUCAGCGUGGUCCAGAUGACUUUCAUGCGACUGCUGAGCGCGGCGGCCAGACAGAACAUGACGUACAACUGCUACCAGUCGGUGGCCUGGCACGACCAGGACCCGGACAACUACGACAAGGCCAUCCGCUUCCUGGGCUCCAACGACGAGGAGAUGUCUUAUGAUAACAACCCCUACAUCCGUGCCGUGGUCGAUGGCUGUGCGUUGAAAAAGGGUUAUGAAAGGACAGUACUUGAGAUCAACACACCGAAGGUGGAGCAGGUGCCAUUUGUGGACAUCAUGUUCAACGAUUUCGGCGGCUCCACGCAGAAGUUUGGAUUUGAAGUGGGCCCUGUCUGUUUCAUGGGCUAAGACUGUUUACUGAACAAAUGGAGAAAAAAAAAGCAUAUAUUUGUUUUCUCAGAAAAAAAAAAACAAUUGAAAAAGAAUAGGACAAUUCUAUUUGUAAAAAAGUAACUUUUGUUUCCAUAAAGCAACAAGUAUGAGUAAAAAUGAAAAUCAAGUUGAGAAUACAGUGAAAUUCUAUAGGAAUAGAGGAAAUAACCUUGAAACCUCAGUGUGCCUUCUCCAUCACAUGCAAGUUUUGAAACUGGAUGUCAGAUCCUCCUCCUACACAACACACUCACACACACACACACACAACCCUAGUCCCAUGUCAUCACACUUGAUAAUUUUUUUACCCAAACCACGAAGGCGACCCUGAGAGCUGCAGCCGUUCCAGACGCUCGCAGUAUUUGCCAUGGACUCCAUCUGAUUUGGCUCCUUUCUUAACUUCUGAUCUCAUGUUUUCCCUCAUCUCCCCGGCUUCUUCCACUUGUCUUUGUUGGUUUGUUCGCUCAUUAGCUACAGGAGCUUUGUUUGUGCAUAAUUCUCUCCCCAUUCCCUUGGAAUGGACCUUAUAUAUAUAAAUAUAUAUAAAUAAUUUUUAUGUUUGUAAGUUACAUUCUGUAUAUUUUUCCUGGUAAUUGUUUAUUGCUUCUGGCUUCAAAACAUGCAUGUGACUUUAUUCAUUGUGAGGUACAGUAGGAGACGAUGGAUACGGGGAUAACAUCUAAAUUGUAGAAAUAUAUCCAAAGUGAGGAAAUUCGACUUGUAAUUUGAGAAACGAAACAAAAAAAACAAAAAAAAAUUGGGAAGUCCUGUCUUGUUGCAGUUGUGGAGCACACCUUGUUGUAAUUUAAGAGCAGAAUGGAAAUAAAAGACGGAAACAAGCUCUGUGAUAUUAUGUGAUUUGCGUAACAAACAAAAAAAAGAAUACAUUCCUCCUUUUGUGUCCUCUGAACAGAAUAUCAUUAACUUAAUAAACAGCUUCUAUUUUUUUCCUGAAAUACACAUCUGUCUGACUAUGCAAUGGGAGAUGAUGUCACAUUUUAGUGAAAACACAAAGAAAUCAAAACUAGGUGCUAUUUUCUCUCUUCUGUGGUGCUAUGUAUUUUUCUAGUUUGUGUUGUUUGAAUGAAAGGAAAUCUGUGGUGAUAAUAUCCCGUCACCAGCAGCCCCCUGACUCUCUUAACUCCCACAUCCAACGCAGGUGGAUCUUUGCUGCAUCCAUUUUUUUAUUUAAUUUUUUUAAUGUUCAGCGGUGGUGUUUUGCAUGCCAUUUCUCUACAUAUCCACCAACAGAUCAGUGCAGCAUGGCGGCGUUUUGUUAUCUCCUGCUUCAGCGGACCGCACAGAUAAGAAACUUGUACCAAAAUGUUGGAAUAACGAGAGGAAACUCUGUUGGCUUUUGCAUAUCAUUGCUCUAAGAUGCUGCGUUGUGGCUCUGUGCUGUUGGAUCAUCUGUGCUACAUCACACUGAUGGAGUUAAGAAGUGGACUUGUUGUAAUCGGGCCGAAGCAUCCAAAGGGAUCUGGUCCAAAGUUUUGUUUGGUGUAUGAAACCCUAAACCCUUCCACCAAAGGUUUUCAGGUAUAUAUUUAGCUUUAAGGGCCGUGGUGGCUUGAAAUCAUUGUUUUAUUUUAUGGGAAACAACUUGAAAGUAUUUUUCUUGAUUUAACCACAGUAGAAGCAGGUCACUAAAUUAGCCAGAUGAAAGCGGUUAGCUCAUGCAGCUUGUAGGUCUACUAUUUUUGCCCUUAUUGUAAUUAUGCUCUUUGUUCAAACUAUGCACUCUCUAUGCUUAUGACCACUAGUAUCUACCACAGAAUCUUUACAGCCCUUCAUACAUAGGUUGUUUUGUUUCCUUCUUUUUUUAAAUCUUCAAAUAUGUGACUUGAACUAUUUCUUGUUAAGAUAACUCAAUAUGCUUGUAGAUCUUUGGCUUUAUUUUCAUUGUGAUGCAGUACGCCCAAAUUUUAACAACUUUCCUCUCAAAAAAAAAAAAAAGGAGAAACAAAUUUUUGUAAAUUUUCCAGAAACCAGCAGUGAUGCUGCCAUUGUUUUUGUUUGGUUUCAUUUUUGUAGAUUUCCGUUUGUCUGUCUGUUUUUUGUUUGUUUUCACAGUCUUGUCAAACCUGUGUAAGGAUAAGAGGAUAGAAGUUAUAUGGUUUUUAUGUCAAUAAAUUCAAGUUUACUGUGGCCAUCCACUCUUGUAUGUCUUUUGAAGCAUUAAAAACCUAUCUGUAUGCAUGAA